AUGACGAGCAUGAUUGCCGCGCGACCGCCCAUCCUCUUGGCAGCGCCCCCCUUUGACGACAACCUGUAUUUCCGACCCACUCCCGUCAUCCCGGCCACCCAGCGCUUGGAUUAUGCCCAGCCCCAUCGACACGAGCAACCCUCCAACGUCCACCACGGUCAUCAUUUUCAUCGCCUCCAACAAGAAUCCCCGCUGCCAACCGGCAAGCGUUUCUCUUGCGAGCGCAUCCUCUCGCCAGCUAGCUUCAUGGACGAAGACUUGGAUGAUGCUCAAAACCCACAGCUAGCACAGUCCGAACAGCCACGACCCAAGCGCUUCGCUCUCGCUGUCACCACCGCCUCCCCUUUGCUCUCCGGGCCGCGAUCCUGCCCCUCCAGUCCAGGCCAAAUGCAGCGUGACUCGACGCUGAGCCCCGUGAACAUGAGUCCCCGGCUGGCCGCGCCCGUCACCUCGUGCCCGACCUCGCCCGAUUCACGCCGCAUUCCGGGCUGGCGCCCAGCCCGCCGUGCAGCGAGCAGCUCUCCCGGACUCGGAUCCUCGAACCACCUCGUCUUGUCCGCCUUGCCCCGCGCCUACAAGAAUCGACCUCGUGCUCGCAGCCAUGGCGCAGCACAUGCCUUGGAGCGCCACGCCUCCAACUCUGCCAGCGUUGCCCAUCGACCACGUCGCCGACGCAUGACCAAUCCUCAUCCAUGCCCCGACCAUACCCUCAGCAAGACACGCACCCCGUGUUGGUUUGAAGAGGACGACAUCUCUCCCCUCACCUCCGCCCUGGCCAACAAGCUCACCUGCGCCAGCGCCCCGCCGUCGCCGACCAUUCAUUUCUACAGCUAG